AUGUUCACUCGUCAAUUACUCAGAAGAACAACCACGUCCAUUCGUUCAUAUUCAACUGAAGCAUCAGUAUCAGCUACACCUAAGAAGGUAGGAGCAUUUAGAGGAGGAUUUGUUGGAUUCUUAUUAGGAGUUACUGGUACAGGAAUUGGAUGUUAUUAUUAUUUAUUAGAUCAAUAUAAAUCAACUAAUUCAGUAAUGAUUAGUGAUAUUGUUAGUUUACAAAAUUCAAUUAAUAAUUUAGAAAAACAUAUUAAAAGUUUAGAAGAAAAGAAGUAG